AGUAAAUAGAUAAAAAUGAGCAAGUAGGCGAUUAUUUGUAUAAUGUUUAAAUUUAUUUGAUUGGAACCGUUGAAAAGUGAGAAACAAUGGCUUUGCCAACUGCUCAACCAGCGGAGGUACUGAGAGCGUGGCAGAAAGACGACCACUAUGAGAAACAACUAGCAGGAUCUUUAGCCAGGCUUGUUCCUUCGCAUCAUGCGUCCAAAGCAGUUCCCAUAUCUUCCCUGCUUUAUAAAUCGUUCACUACGCUAAACGACUUGCAAACUCUCGGCGAAGAAUACUCCGGGAUCGUUCAAGUGGAUGAAACGUACCUAAAACUUCCUACAUUCAGUAACAGACUUCUCAGCAUCUUGUUAUCAGCUUUUGGCGAAAACUUUACAAGAAGGGUGCUUCGAUACGCUGAAAAUGCCGUUGAACAAAAUGCUACGUUGAAACCUGCAGUUCAGAACUCGCUUGUGGUGCUUCUUAAGGCUGUGGCUAAUAUGUUGCCACAGUUUGAAAGCAUACAUAGAGCAUUGUGUUACAUUAGUGGAGGGCCUAUACAACUUGGGAAGACAGCUUCAGGGAUUGAUUAUGUUCAAGUUAGACCCGCCGCUGCGGCAUAUUAUGCUCAUUUAAGGUUGUUAGGUAUGGUAACACUGCUGCAUGCUUUUGUUUCUUGUGGCCAAAGCGUUUACCAGGCUAAGCGGCAUAUGGAUCAGAUGAGAGACUUUCCCAAUGAAGUUGAUAGUAAUAAGUCAUGUGUGGCGUGCUUGGAAGAGAUAGUUCAGCCUUGUGUGCUGCCGUGCGGACAUAUAUUUUGUAUGGAGUGCAGCUACGGAGCGUUGGAGACAUGUGCUCUAUGUCGGACACCGUUUUUGAAGAAUAGUGUUGUGCCUCUUAUGAACUAUUCUCCAUGACAUUAUUAAUGUUAAUCAAACUAAUAUAUCCAAAGUUAAAGCAAGGGUAAAUGGUGAAAAGACAAGUUAUAAUGAAGUAGUUGCCUAGUUGGUUUUGUGAAUAUUGUAAAUAUAAGGGUUUGUUUUUAUACAAAUGUUGGCUAGGUAUUUUGUAUAUAAAGGAUAUUUGUU